GCCAACAGGCAGGACAUGCGGCGCAGCGGCUGUUGCUUUUUUCGAUAGGCAACUCCAAUAAUUAUUUUCCCAAACACUUUUCCGGUCGAUAAAGAAACGUGCUUCCCGUUUACGCUGCCGGUAAACAUUUAGGUUGCAGUAUUUGGUCAAGCAUCGUAAUUACCGUUGCAAAAAGUCAUUUGCAUCUCUCAACUGAAGAUGCCCAGGACGAAGGCCUCGCCCAAAAAAUGCGUUAAAUCGCAGGUCGCCAACGACACUCUCCUGCUCAUCCUCAAAGGCGAUGCCCUAACAAUUCCUGAAGGAUGCGACGGAAAAUUGAACAUUGUGAAGCUACGGCAUCCGCAAACUUCUUCACAGGCGAUGUUCUUUUUCAGCGCCGACAAUAAAAUGGUCCAAGAGAUUCUCAGCUUUUCCGAGGACAAAAGGUCUUGGGUGAUCGAUGACCACAUCCAGUCGGACGGAAAAGUUCACCUGUCAACACCAGUUGACCCUCUGUUUUUGAUUUUACCUUACAUGACAAAGAGUGCUGGUCGUUUUGAAUCUUUGGAGCAGCUUAUCCAGGACGAGGAUUUCCCAGAAACAAAAAGAUUGCUUCAGUGCGUAACCCCCAAGCAGCUUAGGUGCAUUUCAGAAAUUAAAGAAGUUGGUGAUGAUAAGUAUUACCGGAUCAACGAGGAGAAAACUCUCAGAUGGCUCACCAAGAAGGUCAAACGGGUCAGUGAAGUUUUAAAGGAGAAGGGCAUCCACGUGGGUCCGGGUGCGGUUUCGGCCAAUUUCGUCCGAGGCUCAAGAUAUGUGGACGCAGACACAGCACCUGCAGAAACAGAGUUCCUUCUCUACGCCUUUGGCAUUCUUUCGGAAUACAUAUCAGCCGACUUGUGCAUGAAACUGAGGAAUGCACUGGACCUGCCAGAGGCAACAAGCAAUGAUUCAGGCAAAGGAAAGAAACGCAAAGCUGACGAAUGUGAUGCUGGUGAUGGUAAAAAAACGAAAGUGGAAGAGGCCAAAGAUAAUGCUCCUUCAAGCACUUUUGUCCCCAAAAGUUCAGAGCCAAAGGCUGCUCCAAAGAAAGAAACUGCCAAGGACAAAGCUCUCGCAAGAGCAGCAGUUGGUACAAAGAGUAUCUCCAACUUUUUUAAGAGGAAAUAAAUACCAGAGCUGAAAGACGAAUUGCAGACUUAAAGGCUCUACUGACAUUUUUCACCAUUUUAUAUUUUGAUAUUAUUUAAACGUUAACUUAAGCCUUGUGUGAGAACCUCUAAAUUAUAUUUAGCAGCUAUCAUUAAA